ACGCUGGCCCGUUAGAUCGCGGUGUUUCUUUAGCCAUGUUUUGUGUAGUUAUUUGCAGAUCUCAUAUGCCGUUAACUUUCUUGAUGUGUUGCUUCGCAUGAAGUUUGUUUAAAUGUUGUACAGUACAAAAGCAUUAUCCGGUCGCUACCAUCCUGUUCAUUCUACUGACACCUGUGUGCAUCCACAUAUUUAUAGCCUUGUACCCAUUCAUUUGCUGCCAACUGUUUUUGUACUGCAUGCUAUUGUCGCACUGCUUUUAUAGUCGUGCUAUGGGCAUUUCCAAUCUGCUUGUUCUUAUACCACGUCAUUAGCUCACCGCUAGCUGUUUUCUCGUGUCUGCUAUUCUCACACUGCUUUUAUAAUCAUGCUAUGUGCAUUUCCAAUCUGCUUGCUCUUAUACCUCGUCUUUAGCUUAUAUAGUUAUUGCUGCGUGCAUGUCUGGUCUUUGUAUUAUCGUAGACUGACUUGUCAAUGUUAUUUUUCCUUGGGAUUGAUCAUGCGAACCACUUAUUAGAACAUCCAACAUUAACAGCGGGGACGCUAGAUUAAGGACAAUGGAGCAGGAGGAUUAGCAUUUCACUUGAUGGCUGAACCUAAAAUGAUAGGCAUGUUGACCACGACUAGUGCACGCAAGAGAAGGACCUGCAGUGAGCCAAAUGCUGUUUUAAUGAAGCAGUCAUCAUUAGAAGAUAGUCGCCAAAAAAGGAUCUGUAGCGACCCUGUGCAACAUUAUGAUAAUGCAGUUGUGAUGAAGCAAUCUUCAUUACCAGUGAGGCCCACAAAAAGUUCUGAUCUUUCUUCUGAUGCAUCUUCUCAUAGCCGUCAACCUAGACCAUUUCUUUCAUCAGACAGUAAAUAUCUCAAGGCUGUACUUUAUAAAAGACAUGGUAUUGCUGCUUUAAGAUCUGUAGCUGAUAUGUUGACAAAGAGUACACAAGAUUCAAUCAAGGCGAUUGCCAAAUGUCAACCUGUUAUUGAUGAUGCUAAUAGAAGUCCUCAAUGAUUCUAUGUAAUUUUUUUAUUUGGGCACAUUAAUUGCCUUGUAAUUUUCCUAUUUGUUUUAUUUGUGUAUGUAAUUGUGUGUAUCAUUGAAAUCAGAUUUUAGGCUCAUGAAAUUUAAUGCAAGUUGACUAGUCAAACAAGUAGGGCCCUACAACAGAUUGGGCCGGCCCACUUACAGUAGUGUGGGACCCACUUUCAUUUUGGGCCGGCCCACUUCUUUA